CACACCAGCGUCAGUGUGGUGGGACUACUGAACGGUGUGCGUCGCUACUGUGUGUUCUGUCACCAGCGGAUCGGUCCAACUUUUUUGGGAAUUUUCUUGAGACAGUUUCUCAAACAAGGCGGAUUUCACCUUAUUUCUUUAAGGAGGACUUAAGUUUAUUUGUUUAAGUAGCUUUAUUUUGCAUAAAAAUGUCGAAGAAAGGUUCAGUAAAGCUUGGAUCCAAUGACAGGGGAAUUGUCAUCAACAGAACCUCCACAAGUAUACCACAUCAACGCUUGUCCAUGGGAGGCGCGGGUUUAGGGGGUGGCUCGUUUUCCAUGUCUUCCAGGAUGUCCAUGGGAGGAGGCAAUAUCACAUUGCCAGCAGGGUCUGCAAGCUCAGUAACAAGCGAACACAUUCGCGGAGUGAAGGAUCGAAACCAGAUGGAAAAGAAAGCUUUCCAAGAAUGCAACAUGAAGUUGGCUAAGAAAGUGGAGAGGGAGAAGUUUCUGGUUGCCCAAAACAAGAUUCUUCUCGAGGAACUGAACAUCCUAAGAGGGAAAAAGAAUCUGGACCGUACUGACAUAGAAAAAGAUUGUCUCCAGGAGUUGGAAGCGUACAAGGAAAAGGUGGAAAACGCAAUCAAGGAGAAGGCGGAAUCAUUCGCACGCAUCGCUAAUCUGGAGGACCAAGUCAACGAUGUCAAUAAAUUGAAUGAAACUCAGGAAGGAGACAUAGCGGCCCGUAUUAAGCAGAUCGAGCGCUUGAACACACAAAUGGGGGAUAUGGAAGGGGAGAACGCCACACUCAGACGAACAAUUGGCACGCACGAGGACGAAAUCAAACGUCUCAAGUUAAUCAUAGAAGAAUUCAAACAAAAUGUUGCGGAUUGUAGAGUUAACCUUGAGGAUGAGUGUAAGCAGCGAAUCGAGACGGAGAUGGCAUUGAACCUUGCGAUGGAUGAGCGCGACUUCACUAUUGCAAUUUUAGAAAAGGAAAUUGAUGAGCUGAAGAAAUGCCUGAAUACAGAUGUCGGACAGUUAGACAUUAAGAACUUAUGGAAGGGCGAGAUAACCUCAUGCAUCAAGCAAUUGCAAGAAGACAAUGAUGCUGAACUCACCAAAAUCAAAGCCGAGUACCAGACGAGAUUCGAUAGCCAGAUGCGACAAAUGAACGCUGGCCAGAUGAAAGACAAUGCUAAUCUGGUGAAACUCCAGUCAGAAAUCGAAAGACUGAAGAGCAAGAAUGUCGAUCAAGGACCACUUAUUGCCGAGUUGAAUGCCAAGGUGCUGGCAUUAACGCAUGAAAGAAAUGGACUGACAGAUGCCUUCGCAGAUGCAACUGAUAGCUGGGAGGAGGAAAAGAGACAACAUUUGAAGGAUAUUGCGACACUUCAACAGCAGCUGAAUGAACUCCUGGAGAGAUUCGAAGACCUACAGGACGUUAAGAUGACCUUAGAAACGGAGAUUUCCACUUAUAGGAGACUGUUGGAAGGCGAGGAAGACAGUAUGGAUCGAUUUGUUACCAACUCAUCCGGCGCCAGGAGCCCUGGAGCAGACAAGCUGAACGACCUUGUCCAAACCAGCAGCACAAUGGGAUACAUCAACCAAAGUUCCUCGAGCAGCAUGAGCGGAGGAGGCUUUGGUGGAGGCAGUGGAAGUGGAUUUGGUGGAGGCAGUGGAAGUGGAUUUGGUGGAGGCAGCGGAAGUGGAUUUGGUGGAGGCAGUGGAGGUGGAUUUGGUGGAGGCAGUGGAAGUGGAUUUAGUGGAAGCAGUGGAAGUGGAUUUAGUGGAGGCAUGGGAUUUGAAGAUGGGGUUCAAAUGCAAAUGAGCUCCUCAGGCAUGGGUGGUGCCAGCCAGCUCAGCAGUUCCGAAGGAAAAGUGUUCAUAAAGAAGAAGGCUUCAGGACCGCUCUGUAUUGAGGAAGCACAAGGCAGUGGUGCUUUUGUUACACUGUGUUACGGCACAAAGGAGAAGAAACCAUCAGCAACAAAAGCCGCUCAGCCUUUGAAGCCCAUGAACCUUGAGGGAUGGAAGGUGAUCCGAUGUAUGGAAGGAGACAAUGACCCAUGCGCUGUCUUCGAAUUCAGAGAUGAAUAUAUCAUGCACCCAGCUGCCAAAAUGAAGAUUUUUGGUGCGAAAUACAGCAAAGACGCUAACAUAAAGAACGGAGAUCUUGUGGCACCUUUCCAAACGUGGAAGAGUGGAGGUGGAAAAUUUGCUCUCAUCGACAAAACUAAGACGGAGAAAGGCUUCCUUACCAUCGAGUUCAAAUAAACGGACUGGACAGAUUAUCAACCUUUGAAGGAAUUACGAACGUGAAAGCCUGGAUCUGUGUGGUAGAAACUCCGCUUGACCCACAGUACCGAUUUGCGCCAUAGUGUACAUGGUUUUAUAUAAUGCUUGAACUGCUUCAUAAUGGCAAUACGCCAAUUAAUGUACUUAUGUGGUGUUAAAAGUGGACCUGGUGUGGACGUGUUUGAUCAGAGUGAAGAACAGGAUAAACAGGAUACAACAAAUCCAGGACUUCGACGGGGAAUCGCGCAUAUGAAAACAUGAAUCAACGGGAAUGACUUUUUUUUAUGAAUUAUGUAAAUCAAUAUAUCUUAAAUGUCACCUUUUUCAUAAAGUGAGCGAGUUUGAUAAAUACAUUUCAUUUAGAUGUAGAUUAGUUCCAGAAUUCCUUUUAUAUAUUGAGAUUUUUUGUAUAAAUUUAUAUGCAUUGUAAAUACAUUGAUAUAACAAUGUUAUGAGCUCUUACUGAUGGUUGUGAUUAAGUAUAAUACAUAUGCCUAAAUUUUGUUAGACCAUUUAUGUAACGUGGAAGGAGAAGAAUAAGGUUGUGAGCUUCCGACAUUCCUUCGAUAUGUGACAACGAAAUAAGUUAUCAUUUGACAUGCAUUACGAAAUCUUUAGGCAAGCUACAAUAUAAAGGUUGUGAUGUUAACAGUACAAUGCCAUAACAAUUUCCGAAAAUAUAUCUGUAAAUGUAUUCAUUUCGUUAGACGAAGAAAGUAUAAAAUCUUUCCAGUGAUGAUAAAGCUUCAAAGUUUGAACUAAUUAUUGGAAUAGUAUAUACUGCCGACUUUCUUUAAAUCGGGAUGACAAUGCUGCACUGUAAAUGCUACAGUAAAAUGUAUUUAUUUAAUUACUGUUAGUUAGAUCCCCUUACUCGUCAAAACAACAGUAUACAAAGCAAUAUCGUUGUAGUGUUUGUGAUAUGUCCUCGUCGUGUACAGAGACUUACGAAAUCAAAACUAAAAAAACCCAAGUGGCUUCCACCAUGAAAUGGCAAAUGUAUUUGGACUUGUUUGAAAAUAACAGAUUCUUUUGAAAUUAUACUUUAUUGCAUAUUACUGUAAGUGCAAAUUAUAUUUUAAUAAAUUUUAUUAUGCGUUAAAAUA